CCAAAACAAAUAAGAACAUAUCCAAACCACCCGUGUAGGGUGAGCCAUCGUAGAAGAGCGCCUCGCUCCUUCAACUGCGUUGAAGAGCAAUCUGACUUCCUCAAUAUCUCUGCAGCCCAAGGAAUUCCACAAGAGCACCUCCCUCCUUCAAUUUCCUUUGUCAUCUCUCUCUGAUCAAAGGUUGAGUGAUGGAAACAGGGGGCAAUUCCCUGCCAUCUGGACCAGAUGGAGUGAAGAGAAAAGUGUUCUAUUUUUAUGACCCGGAGGUUGGCAAUUACUAUUAUGGGCAAGGUCACCCAAUGAAGCCACACAGGAUUCGUAUGACACAUGCUCUUCUAGCUCACUAUGGUUUACUACAACAUAUGCAUGUUGUAAAGCCUGUUCUUGCUAGAGAUAGGGAUCUUUGUAGGUUUCAUGCUGAUGAUUAUGUUGCAUUUCUGAGGAGCAUCACCCCAGAAACCCAGCAGGAUCAACUCAGGCAGCUGAAGAGGUUCAAUGUUGGUGAAGACUGCCCUGUGUUUGAUGGUUUGUAUUCUUUCUGUCAGACUUAUGCUGGGGGUUCAGUUGGUGGUGCCGUGAAGUUGAACCAUGGAUCUUGUGAUAUUGCAAUAAAUUGGGCUGGUGGUCUACAUCAUGCAAAGAAAUGUGAGGCUUCUGGUUUCUGCUAUGUGAAUGAUAUUGUCUUAGCAAUUUUGGAACUUCUUAAAGUGCAUGAGCGUGUUUUAUAUGUUGAUAUCGAUAUUCAUCACGGUGAUGGUGUAGAGGAGGCUUUUUAUACUACAGACAGGGUUAUGACUGUUUCCUUUCAUAAAUUCGGAGAUUAUUUCCCUGGUACGGGUGAUGUACGUGAUAUUGGAUAUGGAAAGGGGAAAUAUUACUCUCUCAAUGUCCCACUAGAUGAUGGUAUUGAUGAUGAGAGCUACCAGUCCUUGUUUAAGCCAAUAAUGGGCAAAGUGAUGGAAGUUUUCAAGCCUGGUGCUGUGGUCUUACAAUGUGGUGCAGACUCGUUGUCUGGGGAUAGAUUAGGCUGUUUUAAUCUCUCAAUAAAAGGUCAUGCAGAGUGUGUAAGAUACAUGAGAUCAUUUAAUGUGCCUCUACUGUUGCUGGGUGGAGGUGGUUAUACCAUACGUAACGUUGCUCGCUGCUGGUGCUAUGAGACUGGAGUUGCACUUGGGGCUGACCUUGAUGAUAAGAUGCCACAACAUGAGUACUAUGAAUAUUUUGGUCCGGAUUAUACUCUUCAUGUUGCUCCAAGUAACAUGGAAAACAAGAAUUCACGUCAGCUACUGGAUGAUAUAAGAGUAAAGCUUCUUGAUAAUUUGUCAAAACUUCAGCAUGCACCAAGUGUGCAGUUUCAGGAACGGCCUCCUGAUAUUGAGCUCCCAGAGGCUGAUGAGGAUCAAGAGGAUGAGGAUGAAAGGUGGGAUCGUGAUACUGAUAUGGAUGUUGAUGAUGACCGCAAGCAUUUGCCAGGCAGAGUGAAGAGGGAAUAUCUCGAGCCUAAAGACACGGAGGAUCUGAAAGUGGAGUGCGCAAGAGAAAUGGAUAUGCCAUUUAUGGAAACUGCAUGCUCAAAUGCUUCACAUCCAGGAGCAAUGUCGUCCGUAGAUGAAUCAUCGCAGAAAAAGCUGGAACAAGAAAACAUAAACAAGCCAUCUGAUCCGCCUUAUGAGAUGAAUUCAUAGAGUAAAGGUUGCAUAGCCAACACUGACACAAUCUGUAUGGGGUUGUAAAUGGUAUGUUUUAAUUUUAUUUAUUGGCUGUAAUGAUGACAUGGACAUUUCUGUUCGGUGUUACAAAAAAAUUUGUGGAUUAUUGAUUGACUAAAGGCAAAGAUCAUCUGAUAGCA